CCAGAACGUGUCCCGCCAACGACGGGACCGGUGGCUCCGAAAGGCGGUCACAUCAUCUCCGUUUGGCAUCCCUCCCUGACAGCAGCAGAAACAACCAUUCAUUUCCCGGUGUAAACAUGUGAUAUUAGAAUGGACUUCUUUCCUCAAACUGGGAUCAGUAGUAAGAGAGCACAUUCAUCGUCCACCACCCAUCAGGAUGUUGAUCUAGUGAUUUAAUUGACAAAUGGUUUACAUUUUCAUAUCAUAUCGACAGUGAUCGUGUAUUUAGUGAGUUCAAAUUUAAACACCUAUUUGUUUUAACAAAAGUGUAUAUCAUUGGAUUUGGGUAUAUGUACGUUGGUUAACAUUAUAACGCUUCUUAUCGCCUUCUGGAAAAGGGAGAAGGAAAGAAUAUCGUAAAAUCAAUCGCAAAACGAAGUGCAAGGAAUAAAUAACUACCUAAUGUCCCUGCCAAUGCACAUGAACAAAGAGGAGGACAGAUUAACAGAAAGAAUAAUUGAAUUAGGCGAUACUAGUGGGUUGGGCUAGAACACCGUGGUAUAUCCCAGCAACAGAAUUAACGGAAGGCUAGGACAAGAUUAGCUCUACAUAACAAAGCAAUAGAGAAAAGGACUUUCAAGAAGUAAAAUAGGCCUAGACUUACAUGCGUACUUUUAAAGAAGAGAAUUCUGUAAAGACGACGGAGAAAUGGUAGCCACGUGUGACGCCAAGAUAAAGUUUAACAGGCUCGGAGGAGGGUCACAAAAUAGCCGUAACCAUCCGAAAGUGGGAGGAAUAGCAGUGCGAUGCUGGAGACUGGGAAUUGAGUCUUCAGUAAAUGGAAACGGUAUUUACAUGAAUAUGAACUUGGAAUUUCACGUACCAGGUACUGUGUGGCUUCUGACCUAAAUAGAAGAACAAAAGGUUGCGUGGGAUCGUUGUGGGUCUACUUGAUUACCAGCACUGGUUCCAAGAGCAGAGAGCAACAGGAUCAGGAUGAGGAAGAGUGACAGCUGCGGAUGAGAGGCAGCUGAGGAGACAGGUACCAGCAGCAUCACCACCACCACCACCACCACCACCACCACCACCAUCUCCAGCACCAGCUGAAUUAUUCACCGGUACACAGCUGGUGGGGAGAGGAAGGGGGGAAGGGUGGCCACCAGCCGACAGGGUCUUAUGUCAUGAACACCUGACAAUGAUUAUGGAUGCCAAAACACAUAUUUCGAACCCACCACCAGCCACUAAUGGAGUUUCUUAUCUGAAACAUGGUGGAGGUUGGGUGGCGACCAUGGAAGACGGAGAAUCUCUGAAGCCACCGAAUCAUUCUGUCCCAGCGCCCGGCGAAAGAUCUCCCAACCGUCAACUUCGAACUAACCCUGCAAUGGCCGUCCCUGACGGAGGAUGGGGAUGGGUCAUCGUUUUUGCUAAUUUCCUCAUUACCUUUACGAUCACUAGUGUGAACACCAGUUUUGGCGUCGUGUACUUGCAACUAGUCAGAUCGGGAUACACGAACACUCAAGUUGCAGCCAUACCGGCCAUCGUUACUGGGGUCUCCAAUAUUUUGACGCCUCUCUCGACUGGUCUGUCUCGCUUUUACAGUCACCGAAUUCUGAGCGUCAUCGGGGUUCUUCUGUUAUCCCUUGGUCUGCUACUCUCCUCGUUGUACAAUAACAUAGUUUGGUUUUACCUGUGUUACGGCUUCAUUUCAGGUCUUGGAUUCGCCCUGGUCCAGCCAAUGGGGUUCCUGAUAGGGCAGCAGUAUUUUCACCAUAAGAGGGUCAUUGCAAAUGGUCUUUCAAUGCUAGGGGCAUCGAUGGGCUUCAUGUCCUUGCCCCUCCUGAUUAGUUACCUGAUGGAACAGUACUCCUUCCAGGGCACUCUCCUGCUGUGGUCAGGAAUUGUGCUCCAUGGUGUCUUGGGAGCAUCUCUUUUGCAGCCGGUGAAGUGGCACAUGAAACCAAAGAAGACCGUGGAAUUUGAUGGGGUCAAAGCGGAAAAGAACAAUGGUCAAGCUCAACAGACGAAUGAUAUUGCAGAUGCAAAAGCUGGUCCUGUCAAGAAAAGAGAAGACAAGAGGGAGUUUGGAGCUGAGGGUGAUAACGACUGUAUGGUGAAACAGUUGACCCCAGAUGAAGAAGAGAGUGAGGAUAGUGACCAAGACGAAGUGUCCAUUAAUCCAAAUAUAUCUCUGUACAGUGAUCUCAAGAGCUUCUCUUCAAGUAAUCCAGAGCUGUAUAGUAAUCGCCAAUGGAAGAAUCCGUUAACCGACUCACUAAGAACUAAUGAGUACCUGGAACGUCCACGGACGGUGAGCAUAGAGAGGAGCAUGGAGAUUCUUCCUCAGAUUCCGGAGGAGGAAACGGAGGACGAUUGCUUUGAAACUUACGAUCAGGAAACUGGCAAUGAGAAAGUGGAGUUUUUAAAUCGGGAAAAUGAUGUCAGAAAUAGACCUGCUAGUUAUAUCGGAGCGAGGAGUGUCGAUUCCUUUAACACUGCUCCUUCAAGGGAGAGUAUCUUUAAUGUAAAUGAUGUAUUUGACCAAUUCGGCAGUGCCUUAUCGAUAGAAAUAGAAGGUUGGAAAGCUAAAGCAGAAGCCGAAGAAUUGAAAAACAAGGGACUAAGUAGAAAACCCCCAGAGCCCUGUAUUUGUCUUGGGCUUAAAUGUCCUCGAUUCAGUGAUCUCAUAAGUUUUAGUAUGUUUAGACAUCCUGUGUUCCUCAUUUCUUCAUUCAGCAGUAUUUCAAACAGAAUGGCGUACACAUGCUACAUCACCUAUCUCCCAGCCGUCGCAAGUAAUAUUAGCGAAGGAAACAGUGCUCCUUAUCUUCUCACGUGUGUUGCUUUCUCGGAGCUACUUGGUCGGAUCCUUAUGUCUGUGAUCAGUGACAGAGGGUGGAUUCCUCGCCGGUAUUACUGUAUGGUGGCCAGUUUCAGCGCUGGGAUUGCUGUAUUAAUUCUCACUUUCGUUCGGGGGCUUGGAGUCCUUGCUGGUUGUUGCUGCUGGUACGGUUUUAGCGUCGGAAUGACUAUGACAGUCGGGCCCAUCCUGCUGGUCGAGUACCUGGGAAUGAAGCUCCUCCCCUUUACUUUUGGGCUUCUACUCUUCAUGAAUGGCUUCACUGCUUUCAUUGUAUUUCCGGUAACAGGUUUACUAAACGACCUGUCUGGAGGCUACCAUAUCACAUAUCGAGUCAUCAGUAUUCUGGCAGUCAUCCCGGGUAUUUUGUGGGGCAUGGUCCCUUGCUGUGCAAAUAAUCAAGGUGCUAAUAAGUCACCAACUGAUAACGUUUAAGAUUAACCACAUAGUAUUCAUAAUUUACCGGAACUGCUUUAACAUAGUUUAUCUGUUAUGUCCGUAACUAAAGAACAGUAACCAAAGGAUUUUUUUCUAUGUUGCAAGUGCUCCAGUAGCUGAACCACAUUCUUUCAAAAAGAUUUAAGUAGAAUUAUGUUCACUGAGUUGCUUCUAGAAAACAGUGCUGUAUAGGAAGACCACAUUUAUUUGCAAGUAUUCUCGUAUAUUGUGAAGAGUUGUUCCAGAUUGGUUCCUUCAGUGUUGUAUUAAUAUUGCUUACUUUGCCGUAAAGGAAAAGGUAUCAGUCCAUACAAUCUUAGUGUUAUUAGUGACAAGUGCAAUCACAUUAGUUAUCAAGAUAUAUUUAUUUUAGUAGUCUGUCGUGCAGAAAACGAAAAGUGCAAGAAAGACCGUUUGUGUAUUUCACCAUUUCAAAGCAGGACAUUUAAUUGGUGCUAAACUGGACAAUUUGAUAUUUUGAACGUCAUGUUUGAUACAUAUUCCAUUGUUAAUGCUACCGUGAAUUUUAAGUUGAUACUUAAGCAGUCAAUUUGUGAUAUCAAAUGGACACAUAUCCGAAUCAGCUCAUGCUUAAUAGGAAAAUUGCACGCUCAGUAUUGACCUUUUAUUGUGUGAAAGACUUUUUGUACUUGACCAAGAUACUCGCAUGAAUACAGGCCACACAUAGUAACAUAUGGAAAGACUGAAGUGACUCAAAUUGUAAGACGCCAUUGAAUUGUGGACUUGAGGGUUAUACUGUAUAUUUAUUCAUAAGUCACUCAUUCCAACCAGGUUCGUUAAACCAAAAAUAUUCAUUCCAUAAUAAUGAUGUCCAUGUUUUGUAUACAGAGAAGUCAUAACAUUCAGACGUAAAUUUGCCUCUUUAGUUUGCUGUUGCAGCAGCGUUCUAGCCUAAAUCAAUGAAGGGAUAGCUAGUCACUAUAUUCGUCCAGAUUGAGGGUCCUUUAUUGCAGUGAUGUGUCUAUCUAGUCAUGGUAUUCCUUUCAGUAUUCAGAUUUUGAUACAUGCAGAAUGCAUUAUGGGCUGCGAGGGUCAAAGCACGAGUCUCAGAGGCAGGGUAACACUUUGUGUACACUGAGAAAAUGAAAGGAUAAGUCAAGCAAGGAGAGGGUGUAUUUGAAUGACAUUUGCUUUUAUGAUAACCAAACUGUAUCGUGAAUGAAUGGGACGUUUUGUACAUACGCUUUUAAUGUUAUUCCAGGAUGGUAAGUCUGAGCAACAAAUUUCUGUGUUGAAUGGCGUGAGAAAAAAACAAGAAAGUACCCACUGCUUGUUCCAGUUUCUUGAUGGAGAGAAAGAUUUAAUGUACUAUUUUGUAUAUCACACUCCGAUAGAUAUAUCCAGCUUUUUACAUUUUUUCAUUCUUACUCCAUGCUCAAGAUACUCCAUGUUCUUUACUACAAUCAUUUUUACACAAACCAACCUUAAUCUAAUAAAAUGUGAAAUAGA